AUGAGUGCCACAUUGAAAUCGGGUCUAACGACGCGCAACAAGAAUCUCGAUCUAAAAAGGACGACGAAGAAGACCACCAAGGCCAAGGUGGAAAUCUUCAAGGAGUCACCGAAAAAACGCCGAGAAGCCAAUAAGAAGGCCGAAAAGGCUGCUGCAGAGAAGGAGAAGACUGAAGAAAUUGCAGAGAAUUACUGGGAGCUUCUCGCCGAGGAGCGCCGGGUCAAGCUCGAGGCCGCGCUCGAAGAGAACAAGGAUCUUUGCGAGCUUCUCGAGACCCGAAACGAAGAGAAAAUGGAGCUGGAGCGCGAAAACGAAGCUCUGACAAAAGAGAACGAGUUGCUUCGAGAAAAGGCGAUGAAAGUGAACGAUCUCGAGAGCAUCAUCGCAGAGCUGGUCUCCGACGCCGACGACGUCGCCCAGGAGAGCGACUAA